AUGCUGGACCUGUCAUCUUCUUUCGAAGAUGCUUUGAGCAAUGUCACUAGAGCGCUCCCAUCGCAUGGCACUGCAGGGGCAGACGCUUCUGUACUCGCCUGGCAGCUCUUUGAUCGUUUCGGAGAUCAUCUGUGCCCGCAAGUUUUGCUAGGAGGAUGGUGGCGCAUCACGGCCAGCUAUCAGAGCACUAAGUUCCAAUCCCGUAUUGACGUCAGCAACAUCGCCUCAGAGGCUAUUGAGCAAAGCCAUUCCCAAGCUCAGCAGAGUUCAGUGUCUGCAGGAGGAGGAGGGGGUGGAACAGGUUUUUCAGUCGACGUACAUGCAUCAUCAUCCUGGGGAGCAUCGUCAGGCGAUCACAGCAAAAAGAGCUCUUCUACAGGCCUUCGCCACGUGAAUCAGACUGCGCUCGAGGACUCACAGGUGGCGGUCGCGCAUACGUGGAAGGGUGGCUCCUCUGGAUGUUCACCUGCCAACUGGCGCCGAAGCCUGGACGAGUCGACGAACUCGAACUGGAAGGUGAUUGACCGCCACGUGGAUCAUUGCUUUCCUAUUUGGGAGUGGGGUGGGAUCCACCCGGAAGUGAAGGAUCUGUUGAAAUCCCAGUACGAGCCGUGGGCACAGCAGUUCAACACCACGACAACUUCAACAUCCACCUCUAGGCUCCCUUCUACGACUCCAAGACCGACGCUGCACAAGAAGCUGAAAGAGGAAAGAGAUGUCCAUUGGCCACCUGAUCAAACAACUGUGAUGUUGCACUGUGAUCCCGGCUGGCAAGUAGCUGCUUGCAAUAUGGAGAUGUUUUACGCGAGGAAGAAUCUUAUGGAGGUGUUUCCUUCAGCUGGGUCCUGCGUGAUUCGGUGCAAACAGUCGGACCGAACCCAUUGCGCACGGCUCUUGCCUCAAACACCACUACAGUUGUAUUGCUGGCCUUUGACAGACUAUCCAGUCAAAAGCAGUCGCGACAUGAUCUAUGUCGAUACUCUUUUCACCAAAGACUCCUUCAACUUCUGCGGAGGGUGGAGGGUUGUGGACUGUUUUUUUGAGAACGGCAACGUUCUGUAUGCCCAGGCCAAAGACGGCAUGUGUGUUGUCGAGGCCGUUUGGGUAACGAAGGUUUGGGGCGAAUAUUUGACCACGAUCUGCGAACAGGCCGGAUAG